AGUAACAGACUGAUCCCCCUUCGCUGUGUGAAGGAGAGAUAUCACAGAUCUGUGCAACAUUUGUGCAAACCGGUGCAGGAUUAAUAUUUAAACACUGUGCAAUACCCUUUCCAAUGACCUCAUACUCACUCUACCUGUACUGUACUGCGUUGUACUGCGCCAACACAAACUGUCUUUUAUUCUGUCGCUGUAGUCACUGCUCCGUAUUUUGCUGUUGUGUGAAGCAAUUGCACCCACUGUGAGACUAUUAUAGGUUUUUCUUAUUGUAUCUUAUUUUAUCAAACACGCAUUACACAAAGAAACGCCCCUCGCCCCGCCCUUCAGCUGCAUCGUCCAAUCACAUGAGAGGAAGACAGAGCAAAUUCUUCCUGUUCUGUGUCAUCUGACAAGAACCAUGCGGUUUCGUUUCUGUGGAGAUUUGGACUGCCCCGAUUGGGUGCUUGCCGAAAUUAGCACAUUAGCAAAGAUUUCAAGUGUCAAGAUGAAACUCCUGUGCGCUCAAGUUCUAAAGGAUUUGCUUGGGGAAGGCAUUGAUUAUGACAAGAUUGCAAAGCUCACUGCAGAUGCAAAGUUUGAGAGUGGAGAUAUCAAAGCUAGUGUGGCAGUGCUCAGCUUCAUUCUCUCCAGUGCAGCAAAGCAUGAUGUUGACAGUGAGUCUCUGUCCAGUGAGCUGCAGCAGCUUGGUCUCCCUAAAGAACAUGCAACAGCGCUGUGCAAAUCAUAUGAAGACAAGCACUCUGCUCUGCAGGACAAGCUAAGACAGACAAGUCUGCGAUUGGGGAGACUGCAGUCUGUUUCUUGGCGGGUUGACUACACUCUUAGUUCCAGUGAUCUGAGAGAGGUGAAUGAACCAGUAAUUCAGCUUAAACUUCAGACACAAGGUGCAGAAUCAGGCCGCACGGAAACAAAUGUGUUCUCUGUUUCUGCUGACAAGUUCAGAGUCCUUCUCGCAGAGCUGAAACAAGCCCAGACUAUGAUGAAUACACUAUAAUGAAGAAUCACUAUGGAGAUGCCUCAGUGUCAAAGAGCUACAAACAAACUUUGCUGAUAGACUGCCGAAGUGCCAUGCAGCAUGUUUUCUGUAUGUAUUAGUUCAUUUGAAUGGUGAUGUGAAAGGUAAUUGAUAGCUGAGCUGUAUUUUCUGGUGUACUGUAUUGAAAUAAUUAAUGGAAAUCAGCUUUUACUAAAAACUAAUUCACCGAAUGGACCAUUUUUGUUAAAUAUUGUUCAUUAACACAUUUUGAUUGUAACAUGUAUGCUUAUUGUUUUCUAUUAAACAAUGUAAAACGUG